AUUGUUGGAAAUGCAAUUGUUGUGGUCGAUUGGAGAGCUCGGCAAAGAAAAUAGUUUGUAAUCAAGAGAAACUUAUAAAAGUCGUCUGGUGUUCUUAUGUCAAAGUUUAUAUAUGCAAACAACCUUGAAGACGUUUUGGAGGAAGAACGAGAAGGGUCCAUGUCUUUGAAGGGUUUAUGGGUGACUUCGUGGAACAACGCCUUGGGUCAGGAGUCUCUUGAACACAAGUACGAUGACAGAAAGAAAUUGUUGAUGGACACUGAGUUUGAAACAUCCCCUGUUUCUUCGGGGUUUAACUCCACCAAUUCUUCCACUCACGGAGGUAACUUAUUUUCCCCCGAAGACUUUGAAAAGGAUGGUUUGUCUUCUUUUCCAAAGGCUUUGGAAAGAGACCAUAUUGUGAAAGGUACCUGGACAAAGGAAGAAGACAAACUUCUUUUGAAGCUUACUUCUUUAUUUGGUUCUCGAAAUUGGUCAGUCAUUGGAAAUUUUUUUCCAGGAAGAACUGGAAAACAGUGUCGUGAGCGUUGGAUGAAUCAUUUGGACCCCAACGUUCGAAGGGAACCAUGGACCAAGGAAGAAGACGAAACAAUCAUUCGACUGCACCAACAAUUGGGAAACAAAUGGGCUGCAAUGGCAAAAGUACUUCCAGGUAGAACGGAUAAUGCUAUUAAGAAUAGAUGGAAUGCCACUCUGAAAAGGUUGGUACAAGAGAAUACAGUUCUUUCAGGGUCUCGUAUGGAUGUUCUUUUCCACCGUGAUGAUAACAGCUGUAAUAGAAAGCCCAUAUUGUUGGAGAAUUCACAAGAAAAGGAAUAUUUUUUAGAAAAUGGUGAAGAUUCCUCAGUUUCAACUAUCAGUAGUACAGAUAUGAAAUAUAUUAGUAAAGGAAAGAGAAGAAUAGAAUAUAAUGAAGAUACUAUUCUUUCCGUAGCUUGCAAUGAUACGUUGGAAGGAGAUUCUCGUUUACUUAACGGUGUUUCAAAUGACAGUUUGGAAUAUCAUGAUUUGUCAGUCGUCGAAGAUUCAUAUCACCAUCGAAACAUGAAACGUAUAUGCUCUGCUACAGAGUUGAGAGUUUUUGAUACAGGCGGAUCGAUACAAAGGAAACACAACUCUGUUGAUGAGACGGAAACUUCGUUCCUUAGCCAUUGGGAAGAUUCCCGUUUACGUUUGAAACGAGAUGAAAAUAGAGAUAACUCCUAUUGCUUGCCUUUGGAAGAAUCAGAAGUCUUUGUGUCAAAGCAUACUUUUCCUUAUGUGACUGAGGAUGACGAUUCUGCCAUGAAAAGUUGUUGGGAUCAUCUGCAAGACGUAUCGGCUCCCUCAGCAGUGGAAUACGAAGAGGACUUUUCUUCUUGGUUUGAUAUAUUUCCUAGCAUGGAUUGUAAUGAUCAGUUUGUUUUAAAUGAGUUGUAGUUUACUUGUUUGUUGUCUUUUGUUAUUGCUUGUCUACGUUAGGCUUGACAUUCUUCUUGCUGGGGAAAAAGAAGACAUUAUUGUUCAAUCUAUUAUUGAAUUUCGUUUUCUUUGUUCCUUGCAAGUUCAUUGCUUACCAUAAAAAUAAUUACUAUUUUUGAA